AUGGCUGAAACUCCAGAGACCGUGAAAAUCAAUAAGUGGGAUGGAGCUGCCGCUAAGAAUGCUAUUGAUGAUGCUAUUAGAGAGGUGCUGACAGGAGAUCUGAAAUGUAAAGAGAGCUUUGCUCUAAUUGAUGGGCGGCUGUUUCUCUGUGCAUUAGCUGUUGGAGUGGCUCUAUAUGCAUUGCUCUGGGAUUACUUAUACCCAUUCCCACAGUCAAGACUGGUCCUCAUAAUCUGUGUCUCUUCGUACUUCAUCUUGAUGGGCAUUCUCACACUCUACACAACAUUCAAAGAGAAGGGAGUCUUUGUAGUGGCCAAGGAAAAGUCUGGCAACAUUAACAGGGUCUGGGAAGCUAGCUCUUAUGUUAAGAAACAUGAUGACAAGUACAACCUGGUCCUAGUGAUGCGCGACUCCUCCGGCAAGUCCCGUGAAGCCUCCAUUACCAAGUCGUUCGCCAACUUCAUUGAUACCAACGGAACCAUCGUCCAGAACCUCGUUGUCAACGAGAUCACCAAACUUUACAACUCCCUCUCCUCUGAAAAGAAGGAGAAGUGA